AUGGCCAAGUUGCAGAGGUCGCCGCCGCCGGCGCCGCCGGCGCUUCUCGCCUUGGCCGUCGUCGCCGCAGCCCUGCUCCUGUGCUCGUUCCCCGCCGCCGUCUCCGCUCGGAAGGUUGGCGAGACGUGCGCGCUGGGUCGGAACUGCGACGCCGGGCUGCACUGCGAGACGUGCGCGGCGGACGGCGGCGUGCGGCCGCGGUGCACCCGGGUGACCCCCGUGGACCCGCAGAGCAAGGCGGCGGACCUGCCCUUCAACCGCUACUCGUGGCUCACCACCCACAACUCCUUCGCCCGCCUCGGCGCCCGCUCCCAGACCGGCACCGCCAUCGCCACGGCGUGGAACCAGCAGGACACCGUCACCCAGCAGCUCAACAACGGCGUGAGAGGGCUGAUGCUGGACAUGUACGACUUCCGCAACGACAUAUGGCUCUGCCACUCCUACGGCGGCGCCUGCCAGAACUUCACCGCAUUCACGCCGGCGGUGAACGUGCUCCGCGAGAUCGAGGUGUUCCUGGCAAGGAACCCGUCGGAGGUGAUCACGAUCUUCAUCGAGGACUACGUGGAGUCGCCGAAGGGGCUCACCCGCGUCUUCAACGCCUCCGGCCUGACGCGGUACCUGUUCCCGGCGUGGCGCAUGCCCAAGAACGGCGGCGACUGGCCGCUGCUCAGCGACAUGGUCCGCGACAACCACCGCCUCCUCGCCUUCACCUCCAAGUCCGGCAAGGAGGCCGCCGAGGGGUUCCCCCACGAGUGGGGCUACGUCGUCGAGAACCAGUACGGGACGAAAGGGAUGGUGAACGGGGUUUGCCCGAACCGGGCCGAGUCCGCCGCCAUGAACGACCUCUCGAGGUCGCUGGUGCUGGUGAACUACUUCAGGGACCUCCCCAACUUCCCGGAGGCGUGCAAGGACAACUCCCAGCAGCUGCUGGGCAUGCUAGACACCUGCCACGCCGCCUCGGGGAACAGAUGGCCUAACUUCAUCGCCGUUGAUUUCUACAAGAGAAGCGACAAAGGCGGCGCGGCGGAAGCCACGGACAAGGCCAACGGCGGGCUGGUCUGUGGAUGCGGAAGCAUAGCUGCCUGCAAUAGCAAUGGUACAUGUUCGCCGCACAACCACGGGGCCACGCCUAAAGGCAUCUUCAACGCGACCUCAGACGCUGCUGUGCGGCGGCCACCAGCAACGUUGCAGUGGCAGCUGCUCAUGCUACCGUUCACUGUCAUUGCGCUAUUAUUAUGCUUGUAG